AUGGUCCGGCCUAUUGCUGUCAUUCGGGAAACAUGGAACAUCUACACGCCUGUCGAGCGCAGGAACAUCGCCAUGUACAUCGCUGGCAUAAUGAUGUACAAGUUCGGACUCGAGGCUUUCAACGGAUCUGUUAUUGCGCUCGCGACCAAUCGAUACGAUGAUCUUGGCGAGAGGACGCAUACUUCCAUCACAUUCCAGCGUGUCGGUGUGUUGACGGGACUUAAUCAGGCCUUUCAGUGUGUCGGUUCAAUUCUAAUCGCGCCACUUAUCAAAAGAUAUCCAACCAAGAACGUUCUGGCUUGCGCGAUGCUGAUAUUCGCCCUCAUGAGCAGUCUUCUACUGAUCCUGGAUGCUGCAACUGGCGGCAAAUUCGCGCCGCGCGGAUGGCCGGAGGAUGACUUUAGUUACUACGGUGACUACAACACGGACGCCAUGAUACCUAUCUUUUAUGGCAUGGUUGAAUUGAUCCGACGAGUUAUUCCUCGAGAUUUAGUUGGCGGCCACAUUCAGAAGCUCCGACGAAUGGACUCUCUCGUCCACAUCUUCUACGAGAUUAGCGGUACUGCUGGUGCAUUCUGCACAGCACUUGCGCUCAUUCCUCGCUUCGGCAACAACUUCAGCUUCAUCAUCACUCCCAUCUUCUUCGCCGCCGCAUCGAUACUCUGGUACUUCAUCCAAGAAGCUAGCAUGCCGAAGGAGAAUACAUCUUCGACCUCAGAGAGCCAACCCGCUUACGUCAAAGCCGUGAUAAACGGCUUCUACCUUUUCUUCGAGUCGAUCGGAACUGGUGCUAAGAUCAUCUUCACACAUCGCAAGUUUAUCUGGCUGUUGCCUGGAUAUGCCGUUGCACUCUACGCGCACCGAUAUCUCGAGAACGCGAUCGCCCCUGCAGUAGCACGACGCUACUUUGGCAACUCGGCCUGGUCACAGAUUAUAGUGGGAGGUUCAAACUUUGGCGAACUUCUGGGAGCCUUGUUCGUGUUCAUGUUCACCAACUUGGUACACACUCCGAUACCAUGGCUGCGGCUAGACGCACUGGCUUUGCUGAUAGUUUGGUACCUGCCGUACUGGAACCCCCCAAAGGACGAUGUCGCCCAAGCUUGGAUCGUAGCAGCCACAUUCCUCCCCAUCAGUUUUGGGUGGGCUGCCGGAGACGUAUCGCUGGCCGCAUACAUCCAGGCAUCGCUAGCACGCAUCGAAUCGAAGACACAAAACGUAUCCGCACUCGGAGCCGUCAUGGCGUUCCUAUAUAGCACAUACAUUGUCACUUACGCAAUCGCUUCCGUUUCCCUCGGUACAUACAUCGACCGCGUUUCGGAUCGCCACAAUGACCAGAUUCACGGGGCUAUACUGAAUGUAGGCGCCGUACAGUUUACCAUAAUCUGCGUACUGGUCAUGACAAGCACAUUUGUCCCAAAGGGCGCCUUUUCACUCAACCCAGAAAUGCUGAACGAGGAAGACUUGGACACUGAUCUAGAGGAUGAGGAUUUGGAGUAUGUGCCUGGAGUUCAUGCCAAAGGCAAACAAAGCUAUGAAAGCCACGAGAUGGUCAGUAGAGCGAACAGCGCAGAGUAG